AUGCGCUUUGCUUACGUUUCUAUUGCUCACAACAAACUAAAGCUCAACCAGAAGGUAAAGGUAAACAAAUUCAUUUCACUCACACACACCGGAGAGCAGACAGCCAUCCGAUGCUUACAGGAUAAUGAAUGGAAGCUCGAUUUGUCCUGCGAUACAUACUUCCAAAACCCUGACCUGUACUAUCGCGAACUGGACAAGAAGAAAAUCGAACAGUUGUUUAACGUGUAUCGCGAUCCAUCGGACCCGAACAAAAUCAACUCGGACGGUGUGGAACGAUUUCUAGAGGAUCUGCAUCUAAACCCGGAGUCCAAGCUGGUGCUGAUCAUAGCCUGGCGCUUCAAGGCGGAAGCACAGUGUGAAUUCGCUCGGCACGAGUUCAUCAAUGGGUUCUACGAUCUUGGUGUUGAUAGCAUAGAGAAGCUAAAGGAAAAGUUACCGCGCCUCGAGCAGGAGCUAAAGGACCCGGGACGGUUCAAAGAUUUCUAUCAAUUCACCUUCAAUUACGCAAAGGACCCGGGCCAGAAGGGUCUCGAUCUGGAAAUGGCCAUCGCGUACUGGAAUAUUGUACUUAAGGAUCGGUUCAAAUUUCUAGAUCUGUGGUGCAAGUUUCUGGUGGAAAAUCAUAAGCGAUCCAUUCCGAAAGAUACGUGGAAUUUGUUACUAGAUUUUGCCACCUACAUUGACGAUAGCAUGUCCAACUACGAUGCCGAAGGAGCUUGGCCGGUGCUAAUUGAUGACUUUGUCGAAUGGUGCCUGAAACAGAACAAGGUAACCCAUCCCUCAGUUAUUACUUCCACCACUGGUGGCCACAGUGGAGCUGGCAUCGGAAGCGGCUCGCUUUUGAUGCAGCAUGUCCCAUCCACCUCGGCAAUGAUGAGCAACGUUCCCGUUCCUGGUGCAGCCACGGCAACCUCCACAACGACGACCAACCCGUACGGUGGCAGCCGAUCUAGCCCAUAUGGUACGGCUGCCGGUAGCACGGGCAAUAUGUUUUACUAG